GGUGAUCCCACCCAGCCGGGAUUUGCGUCCGGCGCGCGCAGCGUGUAGGAAAACCGCCCAAUUGGGAAGCCCGGGCUGCAUUUCCGCCCGGGACUGAUUGCGCUCGCACCUCCCAGCCGGCGCCCCGCGCCCACUAGGUGGCGCCUGCGCUCUAGUGGGCGCCUCUCCGGCGCAGACGAAAGCGACCGCGGAGCCCGGCGACAGAUCGAACCGGAGUCUCAGGAUUGCGGGCACCGGAGGGCAGCGCCGACAGCCAAGAUUAUGAAUUUUUUGAAGGCAGGGGUUCUGUCCUAUUGAUAUUUGAAUCCAUUUUAUAUGAUCAUCAUCAUGUUUGGCAUCGGAUGACUGUAGAAAUGAAGAUAGAUAAGAUUCUGAUACUUCCUGAUAUGUCGUUAUCUAGAGCAAUAAUGAACAUUGACCUGUUUCGGAUUAGUUGAUGACCUUUGGAAAUGAUCCAAUAAUAUCUACUACAGAGAAGCUGAAUAUACUCCGUUUGGAGUCAACAGCCCAGUUUGUUAUUGAAUUUUUCAAGAUGACAGAUCCAAUGAUGGACUUUUUUGAUGAUGCCAAUCUGUUUGGUGAGACCUUAGAAGGUUUGUCAGAUGAUGCAUUUGUACAACCAGGACCUGUUUCACUAGUUGAUGAAUUGAACUUGGGUGCAGAAUUUGAACCUUUGCACAUAGACUCACUGAACCAUGUUCAAGGUACUCCAACACAUCAGAAGAUGACUGAUUAUGAACAGUUAAAUCAGUUUGAUUCAAUGAAAUUUCACCAAGUUAAUCAGUCUUUUGGUAGCCCAGCUGAACAUGUGUUAUCUCCACACUCUCAGUUUAAUUGUUCUCCGAUCCACCCUCAGAACCAGCCCAAUGGUUUGUUUCCAGAUGUAGCAGAUGGCAGUCCAAUGUGGGGCCAUCAGACAGCUACUAGCAUUUCAAGUCAAAAUGGGUCUCCUUUUCACCAACAGGGACAUUCUCACUCUAUGCAUCAAACUAAAAGCUUUGUGGCACACCAUGACUUUGCCUUAUUUCAGGCCAAUGAACAACAAACACAGUGCACUUCGCUACGCUCACAACAAAACAGAAAUAAUCUUAACCCAGGGCAAAAUUCUCUUAGCCAGUCUAAAAAUUUUAUGGAUGUUAAUGUUUCUGGUCCACACAGAGUCAGUGUUAACCAUCCAUCACAAAUUAAUAAUGCAUCUACUUCACAACAGUCCCUUUCGAUGCAGCAAUUUUCUCAAACGUCAAAUCCUUCAGUACACUUCCUGAAGUGUAGCAAUCAUCAAGAAGGAAAUUUUAAUGGACCUUCUCCAAAUAUGACUUCUUGUUCUGUCAGUAAUUCACAGCAGUUUUCUUCACAUUAUUCCUUUUCCAGUAAUCAUGUGUCACCAAAUGGUCUUCUUCAGUCCUCUGCAGUUCUUGCACCUAAUCAUACAAAUCAGACUUUAUCUGAUUUUACUGGGAGUAAUUCCUUUUCACCUCAUAGGGGAAUCAAGCAAGAAUCGACUCAGCAUAUGCUAAAUCCCAAUACAUCGCUGCAUUCAAAUAACUUCCAAAUGUUGCAUUCAUCACAUCCUCAGGGUAAUUACAGCAAUUCAAAAUUAUCUCCUGUUCACAUGAACUUCCCGGAUCCUGUUGACUCAGGAACUCAAAUGGGCCAUUUCAAUGAUCAUGUAGAAACUAAUGGCUUUUCAUCUUUAGAAGAGAAUUUACUUCAUCAAGUGGAAUCUCAAACUGAGCCGUUCACAGGACUUGACCCAGAAGACCUCCUUCAGGAGGGUCUCCUUCCCCAAUUUGAUGAGUCAGCAUUUGGGCACGAUAAUUCAAGUCAUAUUUUAGAUCAUGACCUUGAUCGGCAAUUUACUUCACAUCUUGUAACACGGCCUUCUGAUAUGGCUCAAACUCAGUUGCAUACUCAGGCUCGGAGUUGGCAUUCAUCACUUUCUAAUCAUCAGCAUUUACAUGACAGAAAUCGCCUAUGUUUACAGCGACAGCCUCCAUCUUCCAAGAAGAGUGAUGGUCCUGGGACAUAUACUAAGUUGCAGAAUACCCAGGUGAAGAUCAUGUCCGAGAAGAAGCAGAGAAAAAAGGUGGACUCAGAAAGCAAGCAAGAAAAGGCUAAUCGUAUAAUAUCAGAGGCCAUAGCAAAAGCAAAGGAGCGUGGGGAACGCAAUAUUCCACGAGUAAUGAGCCCUGAAAACUUUCCUAGUGCUUCAGUUGAAGGAAAAGAGGAAAAGAAAGGUAGAAGGAUGAAAUCUAAACCAAAGGACAAAGAGAGCAAAAAAACAAAAACUUGUUCUAAGUUAAAAGAGAAGACAAAAAUUGGCAAACUUAUUAUUACAUUGGGUAAGAAACAAAAAAGAAAGAAUGAGUCUUCAGAUGAAAUAUCUGAUGCAGAGCAGGUGCCACAGCAUGCAUUCAAAGAGGAAGACUCUCAAAAAAGAAGAUCAAAUCGACAAAUUAAAAGAAAAAAAUAUGCAGAAGAUGCAGAAGGGAAACAAUCUGAAGAAGAGGUUAAAGGCUCUAUAAAAAUAAAAAAGCAUUCAGCUCCUUUACCUGGUGAACAGCCUUUACAGUUAUUUGUGGAGAAUCCGAGUGAAGAAGAUGCUGCAAUUGUGGACAAAAUACUGUCUUCUAGAAUUAUAAAAAAGGAAAUAUCACCUGGAGUGAUGAUUGAUACAGAAGAAUUUUUUGUAAAAUACAAGAAUUACUCCUAUCUUCACUGUGAGUGGGCCACAGAACAGCAGCUUCUGAAAGAUAAAAGGAUCCAGCAGAAAAUCAAACGAUUCAAAUUGAGACAAGCACAAAGAGCACAUUUUUUUGCAGAUAUGGAAGAAGAACCAUUUAACCCAGACUACGUUGAAGUAGACAGAGUAUUAGAAGUCUCUUUUUGUGAAGAUAAAGAUACUGGUGAGCCUGUUAUUUACUACUUAGUAAAGUGGUGCUCAUUACCAUAUGAAGAUAGUACUUGGGAACUAAAAGAAGAUGUAGAUCUUGCAAAAAUAGAAGAGUUUGAACAGUUGCAAGCUUCACGGCCUGACACAAGACGUUUGGACCGUCCUCCUUCUAAUAUUUGGAAAAAAAUAGAUCAAUCCAGGGAUUAUAAAAAUGGCAAUCAACUCAGGGAAUAUCAACUGGAAGGACUCAACUGGCUCUUAUUCAACUGGUACAAUAGACGAAACUGCAUUUUAGCAGAUGAAAUGGGUCUUGGCAAAACCAUUCAAUCAAUUACAUUCCUCUACGAAAUCCUUCUGACUGGUAUAAGAGGACCUUUCCUGAUUAUUGCUCCACUUUCUACUAUUGCAAACUGGGAGAGAGAAUUUCGUACAUGGACUGAUAUUAAUGUUGUGGUUUAUCAUGGGAGCCUGAUUAGCAGACAGAUGAUACAGCAAUAUGAGAUGUACUUCAGGGACUCACAGGGACGAAUCAUUCGAGGAGCUUACAGAUUCCAAGCCAUCAUCACCACUUUUGAAAUGAUUCUUGGAGGCUGUGGAGAGCUUAAUGCAAUUGAAUGGCGAUGUGUGAUUAUUGAUGAAGCACAUAGGUUAAAAAAUAAAAAUUGUAAACUUCUAGAAGGUCUGAAACUCAUGAAUCUGGAGCACAAGGUGCUUUUGACUGGCACACCUCUCCAAAAUACAGUUGAAGAACUAUUCAGUCUUCUUCACUUUCUGGAACCCUUAAGGUUUCCUUCUGAAUCAACGUUCAUGCAAGAAUUUGGGGAUCUGAAAACAGAGGAACAGGUGCAGAAACUUCAGGCUAUCUUGAAACCAAUGAUGUUGAGACGAUUGAAAGAAGACGUGGAAAAGAAGUUGGCACCUAAGGAAGAAACCAUCAUUGAAGUGGAACUUACUAACAUUCAGAAGAAAUACUACCGGGCUAUUCUGGAGAAGAACUUUUCGUUUUUAUCCAAAGGAGCAGGGCAGACUAAUGUACCCAACUUGGUCAAUACCAUGAUGGAGCUCAGGAAGUGCUGUAAUCACCCAUAUCUUAUCAAAGGUGCUGAGGAGAAAAUACUUGGAGAAUUUAGAGAUACAUAUAAUCCAGCUGCUUCUGAUUUUCAUCUUCAAGCAAUGAUCCAGUCUGCUGGUAAAUUGGUCCUUAUUGAUAAAUUGCUUCCUAAAAUGAAAGCAGGAGGUCAUAAAGUGCUCAUCUUCUCUCAGAUGGUACGCUGCCUUGAUAUCCUGGAGGACUAUCUUAUACAUAAAAGAUAUUUAUAUGAGCGAAUUGAUGGAAGAGUCAGAGGGAAUCUUCGACAAGCUGCUAUAGAUCGAUUUAGUAAACCUGAUUCAGAUCGAUUUGUCUUUCUUCUUUGUACCCGAGCUGGUGGGUUGGGCAUCAACUUAACUGCAGCUGAUACAUGUAUAAUUUUUGAUUCUGAUUGGAAUCCUCAAAACGACCUUCAGGCCCAAGCUCGUUGCCACAGAAUCGGUCAGAAUAAAGCAGUUAAAGUCUACCGACUAGUAACUCGUAACUCAUAUGAAAGAGAGAUGUUUGACCGAGCCAGUCUGAAACUGGGUCUAGAUAAGGCUGUAUUACAGAGCAUGAGUGGAAGAGAAAAUAAUGUUGGUGGUAUUCAGCAGCUUUCCAAAAAGGAAAUAGAAGAUCUGCUUCGAAGAGGUGCUUAUGGUGCCAUUAUGGAAGAAGAAGAUGAAGGCUCUAAAUUCUGUGAAGAAGAUAUUGAUCAGAUUUUACUACGUCGUACAAAAACCAUUACAAUUGAAUCAGAAGGACGUGGGUCAACAUUUGCCAAGGCAAGUUUUGUGGCAUCUGGAAACCGAACAGAUAUUUCCUUAGAUGAUCCCAACUUUUGGCAAAAAUGGGCGAAAAAGGCAGAAAUAGAUAUAGAUGCCAUCAGUGGUAGAAACAGCUUGGUUAUUGACACUCCAAGAAUUAGGAAGCAAACAAGACCCUUCAGUGCCACAAAAGAUGAAUUGGCUGAAUUAUCUGAAGCUGAAAGUGAAGGAGAUGAAAAGCCCAAACUCCGGAGACCCUGUGAGCGUUCGAAUGGCUAUGGAAGAACUGAAUGCUUUAGAGUAGAGAAAAAUCUGCUAGUUUAUGGGUGGGGCCGAUGGAGAGAGAUUCUGUCUCAUGGCCGUUUUAAAAGGCAGCUAAAUGAGCACGAUGUGGAAAUAAUUUGCCGAGCCCUCUUAGCUUAUUGCCUUGUUCACUACCGAGGAGAUGAGAAAAUUAAAGGCUUUAUAUGGGAUCUCAUUACUCCAACUGAAGAUGGGCAGACACGAGAGCUACAAAAUCAUCUAGGCCUGUCAGCCCCUGUACCCAGAGGUCGAAAAGGGAAGAAAGUAAAGACUCAAACAAGCUCAUUUGAUAUACAAAAAGCAGAAUGGCUUCGAAAAUACAAUCCUGAGCAGCUACUUCAAGAUGAAGGCUACAAAAAACAUAUAAAACACCACUGUAAUAAAGUUUUGCUUCGUGUAAGAAUGCUGUAUUAUCUAAAGCAAGAAGUCAUUGGAAAUGAGUGUCAGAAAGUGUUUGACGGAGUUGAUGCAAGUGACAUUGAUGUUUGGGUCCCAGAACCAGACCACUCAGAAGUUCCUGCUGAAUGGUGGGAUUUUGAUGCUGAUAAGUCACUUCUUAUUGGAGUUUUUAAACAUGGUUAUGAAAAAUAUAACACUAUCCGAGCAGACCCGGCAUUAUGCUUCUUGGAAAGAGUGGGAAAACCUGAUGAGAAAGCAGUUGCUGCAGAACAGAGGGCGAACGAUUAUAUGGAUGGGGAUGUGGAAGAUCCAGAAUACAAACCUGCCCCAGCUAUCUUUAAAGAUGAUAUAGAGGAUGAUGUUUCCUCACCAGGAGAUCUUGUUAUAGCAGAUGGAGAUGGUCAACUGAUGGAGGGUGAUAAAAUUUAUUGGCCUACUCAGUCAGCUUUAACCACACGUUUGAGGCGUCUCAUCACUGCAUAUCAGCGUACUAAUAAAAACAGACAAAUCCAGCAGAUACAACCUACUUUCUCAGUGCCUGCCAGUGUUAUGCAGCCUCUUUAUGAAGAAGCCACUCUUAAUCCUAAAAUGGCAGCCAAGAUAGAAAGACAGCAGAGAUGGACAAGAAGAGAAGAAGCUGACUUUUAUAGAGUUGUAUCUACAUUUGGAGUGGUGUUUGAUCCUGACAGAGGCCAAUUUGAUUGGACAAAAUUUAGAGCUAUGGCUAGGCUACAUAAGAAAACUGAUGAUAGUUUGGAGAAAUAUUUGUAUGCAUUCAUGUCUAUGUGUCGGAGGGUUUGUCGUCUUCCUUCCAAAGACGAAUUGGUGGAUCCAAAUAUUUUUAUCCAGCCAAUCACAGAAGAACGUGCUUCUAGGACUUUAUAUCGCAUUGAACUGCUAAGGAAAGUAAGGGAACAGGCCCUCCGACAUCCACAGUUGUUUGAGCGCUUGAAGCUUUGCCAUCCAAAUCCAGACUUACCAGUCUGGUGGGAGUGUGGCCCUCAUGAUAGGGACUUGCUCAUUGGAGCUGCUAAACACGGGGUGAGCCGAACAGACUAUCACAUUCUUCGUGAUCCUGAACUCUCAUUUAUGGCAGCUCAAAGGAACUACAGUCAAAGUAAGAUGGCUCAUUCAAGGACUUCUACCCCACUUUUACAGCAAUAUCAAGUAGCACUUUCUGCUUCUCCUCUUACCUCUCUACCUAGGCUCCUAGAUCCUAAAGGUAUUAUUCUAGAGGAUGUGAAAGUUAAAAGUGAAAACCUUAAAGAGGAGCCUCAGUUUUCUGAAGAAGAAUCUAUGACUUCUGAGGAAACCAGGACACUAAUAAAGUCUGAGCCUGUAAGUCCAAAGAAUGGUGUUUUACCACAGGCUACUGGAGACCAGAAAUCUGGUGGAAAAGGUGAAACAGACAGACGCAUGGUUGCAGCCAGAACAGAGCCUCUAACUCCAAACCCAGCUUCUAAGAAGCAGCGAGUCCACAAAAGAGGAUCAGAGUCUAGUUCUGAUUCUGACUCUGAUUCUGAGAGAUCGUCCUGUUCUUCCAGAUCAUCUUCUUCCUCAUCUUCCUCUUCUUCUUGUUCCCACUCUCGAUCAGGCUCUAGCUCUUCUUCUUCCUCCUCUUGUUCUUCAGCAUCAUCUUCAUCCUCAUCCUCGUCCUCCUCUUCCUCAUCAUCCUCAUCUUCAUCAGAAGAAAGUGACAGUGAAGAAGAGGAAGUCCAAAAGCGAGCAGAAGGUACCCCUCACGUGAAAGCCUAUGAUGAAGAAAGCGUCGCAUCACUGAGCACUACCCAGGAUGAGACCCAGGAUAGUUUCCAGAUGAACAAUGGGACCCCAGAGUCUGCUUACAUCCUACAAGGUGGAUACAUGCUGGCAGCUUCGUACUGGCCAAAGGACCGUGUGAUGAUCAACCGAUUGGACAGUAUUUGUCAAACAGUCCUGAAAGGGAAGUGGCCUUCAGCUAGAAGAAGUUAUGAUGCCAAUGCAGUGGCUUCUUUCUAUACCACAAAGCUGCUGGACAGCUCUGGCGCAGCUACAGAAUAUAGCGAGCCCAGCGUGCCCACUCCUGCAGG